CGGUUAAAAAAAAAUAACAAUAAUAUGAAAGAUGGUGAAGCAACAACACUAUCCGAAAUAUAUUGUUUUUUUUCUGUGUCAUUUCUAAUGACACGCAACAAGAAGUUGUCCUUAGGGGAAUACUGGAGUAGAGACAAACUCCUGCGUAGUGAUAUUUUUGGAGAGAUUAUGCCUAGAGAUCGCUAUUUUAAAUUGUUAUCUAUGCUACAUUUCAACCAAAAUAUCACAUCUACCAAUGAUAAAUUAUAUAAAAUAAGGAACGUGAUUGAUAUGCUCCGAAAAAAUUUCAGUAAAUCAUUUUAUCCGUACCAAAAAUUAUGCAUCGAUGAAAGUUUACUUCUAUAUAAAGGGCGGCUUUCAUUCAAACAAUACAUUCCUUCAAAAAGAAGUAGAUUUGGGAUAAAAUCAUUUAUUCUUUGUGAUUGUCGAACUGGUUAUAUACAGGAUCUUAUUGUUUAUGCCGGAUCAUCGACUAUGAUCAACAGCCAAAAUAAGAAAAUCGGAAAAUCGGGAGCGAUAGUAGAAGCACUAAUGGCGCCCUAUCUUGGAAAAGGACAUACAGUUUUCCUAGAUAAUUGGUAUUCAAGUCCAGCCUUGUUUAAUUUCUUACAUAAUAAUCAUACAAAUGCGUGCGGGACCGUAGCAAAAAGGCGACAAGGAAUGCCAAAGAUUACUGAUACACUGAGAAAAGGAGAGGCAUCUUCCCGUUCAACUGAAAAUUUAUUAGUUAUAAAAUGGAUGGAUAAAAAAGAAGUUCGACAAAGCAGACAUGGUGCUAAGCACUAUAAAUUCGACACGGAAAUCUCUAAAAUGGUACCGUAA